ACGUGCGUGGAACGCGCUGCGGUUCGGACGUGUUUUUCGGUAUCUUGGCCAACUUAAUAGUUAUUCGCAUUAGCACGGUUUAGGCGCAUACGUCCUCUGCCAGGCGUUGUACGACGCGGCUUACAAAAAAUUAAAUACAUUUACUUUUCUAUCAAUACUAAUUGUUGUAAUCUAAUUAACAAAAUGGGUCUGGAAAUGUUCUUCAAAUUUGGAUAUGCCUAUUUGGCCAUAACACUUAUUAUUAUGAUAUGGAUGUCCUUGGCGCGAGCAUCGCUCUUUAGUCGUGAAAUGGAAGAGACACGCUAUCCGCCUUGCACAUACAAUGUCAUGUGUACUUGCUCCAAGGCUUCAACAGAUUUGGGUAUUGUGCACUGCAAAAAUGUGCCCUUCCCCGCACUGCCGCGCAUGGUUAACCAAUCCAAGGUUUUCAUGCUGCAUAUGGAGAACACGGGACUGCGUGAGAUUGAGCCUUAUUUUCUGCAAUCCACGGGCAUGUAUCGCUUGAAAAUAUCUGGUAAUCAUCUAACUGAAAUUCCAGAGGAUGCUUUCACUGGUUUAGAGCGAUCCUUGUGGGAGCUUAUACUGCCUCAAAAUGAUCUCGUAGAGAUACCCUCCAAAUCGUUGCGUCACUUGCAAAAACUGCGAAUUUUGGAUAUAUCUAAUAAUCAUAUAACUACCAUACACCACGACUCAUUUCGCGGCUUGGAGGAGUCACUGCAAACUCUCGAUCUGGGAGAUAAUUGCAUUUCUAUGUUGCAAGCGCAUAGUUUCUCCGGCUUGCUUAAUCUGGAGACACUUGAUCUAAGCGGCAACAGUUUGUUUGAAAUUGAUCCAAAUGUUUUUGUGGAUGGCAUGCCGAGACUAACGCGUUUGCUGCUUACCGACAAUAUACUCUCUGAGAUACCCUACGAUGCGCUGGGUCCGCUGAAAAGUCUGCGUACUUUGGAUAUAUCUCACAAUGUAAUUUGGUCACUUAGCGGCAACGAAACGUACGACAUUAAGGCAAAUGCCAAGCUCAAUCUGGACAAUUUGCAUAUUGAGUACAACCAUAUUGAGGUGCUGCCACCAAACUCCUUCAAGUAUUUUGAUACAGUUAACCGCACCUUCUUUGACGGCAAUCCCAUACAUACGCUGAAGGAUGAUGCAUUUAAGCCCGCACGCAUACGCGAGAUCUAUAUGCGUUACUGUGGUCUUACCAACAUCUCGCCUGUGGCUUUUGACAGUCUGGUGAACAGUCUGCAGAUUUUGGAUCUGUCUGGCAACAAUUUGACCAAAUUGCACCACAAGCUCUUUAACAAUUUCGAUGUCUUAAGGGUCAUUAGCAUGCGUGACAACAAGAUCAAAAUAGCAAAGCCCACCGAAACAUUCAACGCCAUGCAUUAUACAUUACUCAAACUGGAUCUCAGCGGUGAUCGCAACGAUGCUACUAAUCUGCAAACUCUGCGAAAUAUGACCAGAAUGCGAAACAUGCGCUCACUGUCUAUAUCGCGCAUGGGUGCAUCAUCGAUUGGGCCGGAGGACUUUAAGGACUUCGGUGUGGAGCUGGAGGAUUUGCAAAUAACCAGAGCUAGUCUCUCAGGCAUACAAGCGCAUGCCUUUAAGCACGUGCGCGGCCUAAAGCGCUUAGAUUUUAGUGAGAAUGGUAUUUCCAGCAUUGAGAAUGAUGCGUUCCAUGAGAUAGGACACUCUUUAAUUUCACUUAAAAUGUCACAUGGUUAUUCGGGCAGCGCUCUGCCCGCUGAAGCUUUGCGUCACUUGACCUCGCUGCAGGAAUUGGACUUUAGCAAUAAUCAGAUUACCAGCAUGAGUGAUACUAGCUUUCAUUUCUUAAAGAAUCUUCGACUACUCGAGCUGCACGACAAUCGCAUUGAGCAAGUGCUCAAGGGCACUUUUCAAGGCGAUAUACACUCAAAGUUAGAGGAGAUUUCGUUGCGUUUUAACCAUCUAACAUCCAUAUCGCAGCAUACAUUCUUUGAUUUGGAGGCCUUACGCAAACUGCAGCUUGAUGACAAUAAAAUAGACAAAGUGGAACGACGUGCAUUCAUGAACUUGGAUGAGCUGGAGUACUUGAGUCUGCGUGGCAAUAAACUAAACAACUUGGCAGAUGAAUCCUUUCAAAAUCUUCCCAAAUUGGAAAUAUUGGAUAUGGCAUUCAAUCAGCUGCCUAACUUUAAUUUUGAUUACUUCGAUCAAGUGGGCACGCUGUCCAAUUUAAAUGUUAAUGUUAGUCACAAUCAAAUACGGCAGCUAAUGUACAACUCCAGCUGGAGUGGUCGCAAUGAGCAUGGUGGCAUGUAUCAUUCAAACAUUAAGAUUUUGGAUCUUUCGCACAAUAAUGUAUCGACAAUACAUCCGGGCUAUUUUCGUCCUGCUGAAAUAUCGCUUACACAUUUAUAUCUGGGCUACAACUCGCUGAGGAAUACAACUCGCGAUGUUUUUGGCAAUAUGCCGCAUCUGCAAUGGUUGGAUCUGAGCUACAACUGGUUACAUGAACUGGACUUUGAUGCGUUUAAAAAUACCAAACAGUUGCAGCUGGUAUUUUUCGAUCACAACUAUUUGACAGACAUUCCGCAGGAUAUUUUUAAACCUGUCCAAGGACUGCGCAUCGUAGACUUUUCGCACAACAAACUGCGUGGCUUGCCCGACAAUCUGUUCUACAAUGGCGGCAUGGAAAAAUUGGAUGUCUCCCAUAAUAUGCUUUUGAAGAUACCUUCCUCUUCGCUCUCCAGCUUGGCUGCCUUGACGCUUUGCGAGCUGCAUUUGUCGAAUAACUUUAUUUCUACCAUACACAGCAUGGACUUGUCUAACAAAUUUAGAUCGCUGCGCUAUUUGGACAUUUCCUAUAAUUAUUUGCUGCGCAUAGAUGAUGCUGUUUUUGCUACCAUGCCCAAGUUGGCAGUCCUGGAUCUAUCGCAUAAUCGCGAUCUUAAAAUUAUGGAUAAAUCAUUUAUGGGCUUGGAAAAUUCACUGAUCAAGCUGGGCCUAGAGAACGUUUCUCUCAGCACUGUGCCCGAGAUUCGUUUGAAAUAUUUACGCGAAUUCCGAUUGGGCUACAACGAACUGCCUUCCAUACCACAAGAGCUAGCCCAUAACAUGAGCAAUUUGCGCAUGUUGGAUUUGUCCAACAAUGACCUGACCAACGUGCCACUAAUGACGCAAUCCUUGCCACAUUUGCGACGUCUCAUGCUAUCUGGUAACCCCAUCACAUCACUCAACAACAACAGCUUCGAUGGUGUCAAUGAGGACCUUGAAAUGUUAGAUAUAUCCAACUUUCGUUUACAUUAUUUCGAAUAUGGCUGCCUGGACUCACUGCCACACCUGCGUUCUCUCAAACUGACUGCCUACUCACAUCUGGAACACUUUAAUAUACCGCAUCUGCUGCGUCAUCAUCAUAACAUACGCGAACUGUGGAUUGAGGCGCCGCAGCCAUUUACACGCAUCGUUAAGAAGGGCUCUGGACCCACGCAAGAGAUGCAGACCGUACAGCUGGGCAUGCCCACUGAUCUGCAGCGUGAAAUGGAUGGACACUUACCCUCAAAGCUAACAAAUAUAACAUUUAGUGGACCGCAGUUUACAAAUCUACAUGAACGCAUUCUGCGAGGCAUGCGUUCACCCUAUCUGUAUAUGCAACUGUUUAAUACCUCGCUACAAGCAUUGCCAACAAACUUCUUCAAGUACAUGGGACGUGUGCGUAACAUAUCUUUGGACAUACGCUAUCAUAAUCGCAAUUUGAAAAAGAUACCCAAUCCCAAUACUGGCGCUGUGCCGUAUUUGCCAAAUAGCGUAUUUUUGACUGACUUAAAAAUGUCACACACGGAUCUGAAUUGCGACUGUGACUUGGGAUGGGUAGAGUUUUGGCAACGCAAGCGGCGUCAGUAUAUUUGCUCCUCGCAGACCUGGACAGACACAGUGUUCCGCACGUUUAUGAAUUCACCCUGCCAGGUGUAUGGACGCCAUAAUUGCGAUGAUCAUGACGAUGAUCUGCGCGAAACGCGCUGUGAUAACAAAGGCGGUCAGCAGCUAUUAGAGGCACUGAAAUUCGAUCUGGAAUGCGGUUGGGAUAAUGCAAACUGUAGAGAUACUGCCUUUGCUGUAGUAAUCUUAUGCCUAGCAUUUGUGUUCUGGAUGUGACUUCUGCACUUUGCAUAUAAGACGUCCACCGACUUUUACGAUAUUCUAGAGAAAGUCUACGGCAGGCAGGUGAUAUAAGCUUGCCUGCUCGUUUAGAGCUUAAGCGUGAUGAGACUUGUUUUGACCUGUUUCUCUUACCUUUUACCUACAAAACUUUAGAGUCCUUGGAAACGCCUUAUAUGUAGUCAAUCCAUGCUAUACCUCAGCUCAUUCAAAUUGAACACACCACGGCCACAAUCAUUUUAAUGUACACUCUUUACGUAUAUAACAUUUUGUAUUUUAUUUAGCUUUAUUUUAUGUAGCCCAGCUAUGUUAGUCCAUAUACUUAAUCCUCCGAUAUUAUAAUUAUAUACAAGCUAAGUUAAGUCACUGCUGCUGCUAAAA